AUGAUGAACAGUACCAUUAAUUCUCAUCAAAUAAUAUCUUCGAAUUUGAUUAUUUCAAAAUUAACACCAGUAGCAUACGAUACAACUGGUGCUAUAAUAUUUAUUAUUGUUGUUUUAUUUUGGUACUCAAUGGGUAUUAUUUGUAUGUUAGGUAUGCAAAUAAAAGCACGAAAUGAAACUGUUGAAGAUUAUGCUAGACGUCGAGCUAAAUUAUUAAUUGAAACUCUUCGAGAUCAAACGCAUACAAAACAAAUACUUGAAGAACUUGUUGAUAAACAAAAACGUGACAAACUUUGGGAUAUUUAUUUAGGUACAUCUGAUAAUAAUAAUGAUAAAUUAAUACGUGCUGAAGUACUUCGUAUAAGAAAUAUUGAAAAACAAUUAGCUGUUAUUAAUAAAAAUCAUCUAUGUAUGAAUGAAAGUUUAAUGUUCUCAACGAAACAUUCUGAUUCACAAUCAAUGAUUUCUUCAGAUUUAACAUCAACGGAAAAUCGAGUUCGUAUUCGACGUCGUUCAUCAUUAGAUCAACAAAUAAUUGAACGAUGGAAAAAUAUUGUUGAACAAUGUAUAAAACAUGAACAAUUACCAUGGACAAUACAAAAAUUAAUGAUUCGUCGACAUUUUCGACGACAUUAUAAAGAUAUGUUACGACAAACUGAACCGAGAAAUAUGUCAAUGCAUAAUAAACAAUAUCAUUCAGUUCAAAAUUCUCCAGUUUUAAAUGUUAAAUCUAAUCAUCAUAUUAUUCAACUUGAUAAUGAUGAAUAUGAUUGA